ACACGUGUAUCAUUCACAUCGACAGUCGGGCACGUGUCAGUUCCUGAUGCAUCCACCACACUCAGUUUCCCUUUCCGCUCCGGGAAAACAGGCUCCCUCGCACUUACUCUGCAUCCCUAAUUUGUAAUCCGGAAAACGUAAGGAGUUGAUCGGAGAUCGAGAAACAGGUAAAAAAAAUGGAGGCGAUGAAUGAAAAUUCCACAUUGUAUUCUGCUGUGACGAUGAACCUCGACAGUACUCAUAGUCAGGUCGUUCCGAUCACAUUAUUCGUUGCACUACUCUGUGUAUGCUUAGUCAUCGGACACUUGCUUGAAGAGUAUCCUUGGUUGAACGAGUCUAUCACUGCUAUCCUCAUCGGGUUUGUUGUUGGAACAAUCAUCUUAUGCACAAGCAAGUGGAAAAGCUCUCGUCUGUUAAGAUUCAGUGAAGAAUUAUUCUUUAUCUACUUACUUCCACCGAUAAUCUUCAAUGCUGGCUUUCAGGUGAAGAAGAAACAGUUCUUCCACAACUUUUUCCCUAUCAUGUUGUUUGGAGUCACAGGUGUUCUCAUAUCAACAUCCAUAGUUGCAGCUGGUUGCUGGUGGCUUUUUCCAAAAUUAGGGUUUAAUGGUUUGACUAUCAGCGAGUAUCUUAGUAUUGGGACAAUUUUCUCAUCAACAGAUACUGUAUGCACAUUACAGGUUUUGAGCCAAGAUGAGACACCUUUACUAUAUAGCCUAGUGUUUGGAGAAGGUGUAGUGAAUGAUGCAACAUCUGUUGUUCUUUUCAAUGCUGUUCAAAAAAUCAAUGCAGAUACACUUAAUAGCCACACAGCUCUUCGAAUCUUUCUAGAUUUCUUAUAUCUAUUCACCACAAGCACACUUCUUGGAGUUUCAGCUGGGCUUGUGACAGCAUACAUUCUUAGAGGCCUGUAUGUUGGCAGGCAUUCAAGUGUCAGAGAAAUUGCUUUGAUGGUUCUUGUAGCAUAUUUGUCCUACAUGUUGGCAGAGCUAUUUGAACUCAGUGGAAUUCUAACAGUCUUCUUUGCUGGGGUUUUGAUGUCUCACUAUUCAUGGCAUAAUGUGACUGAAAGUUCAAGAAUCACCACCAGGUAUGCAUUUGCAACAUUGUCUUUCAUUGCUGAAACAUUUAUCUUCCUUUAUGUGGGAAUGGAUGCUCUCGACUAUGAGAAGUGGAAAAUGAGCAUGUUAAGUAUUUGGACAAAAAUGGGGAUUUACAGCACUGUGAUGAUGUUAAUAUUGGUUGGACGUGUUGCUUUUGUGUUUCCCCUUUCUAUUAUUUCCAAUUACAUGCACAGAAGUGGAGGUGACUCAACAAAAAUCUCAAGAAAACACCAGAUGGUAAUUUGGUGGGCUGGUUUAAUGAGGGGUGCUGUUUCUGUUGCCUUAGCAUUCAAACAAUUUACUCACUCGGGUGUGACACUGGACCCCACGAAUGCCACAAUGAUCACCACCACUAUUGUCAUCGUGCUCUUCAGUACCAUUGUGUUUGGUUUUUUAACAAAACCGCUGGUGGAUCAUCUACUUCCUUCUACUAGUAGUAAUUCAAAUACAACAAACACAAGGGGUGAUCCGGGAUCUCCAAAAGAGGACAUGACACUUCCAUUGUUGUCUGUAGAAGAAUCGGCUUCUGAAAAUCUUUCAAGAGCAAAAGACAAUUUAUCAAUGUUAAUGGAUAGACCCGUUUACACGAUCCAUUCCUAUUGGAGAAGAUUCGACACUGCUUACAUGAGACCUAUUUUUGGUGGCCCAUGUAGUGAUGAAAAUCACUCUUCAAGUUCAUGCUAGGAUAUCAUCGUAUACCCUAACUAAAUAAUGGACAGGACAAACUUUCUAGGGUUAUUUUCGGAAAUGAAAAUGAGAAGGGCAUUUAUGUCUUUUCCACACAAACAAAAAUUUACGGGAGUCUUGGUCUUGGUGGAAUGUUGGACAAUAUAAAGUCUUGUUUUGUAUAUGAAGAUUACAUUUUGGUUUUAGAUGUUAUUUUUUGAAAGAUUGUGUAGAUUUUUAUUGACGUUUUUUAGUUUCCAAGCGAUGCUGUGGAAAAUUUGUGUAUGUGUAAUAGGCAAAACAUAAUUUGCAAUGGGGGUUAUGUUUUACUAUACACAA